UUUACGUACGAUUCGAGCAGUUUUGAGCGCUACCAAGUCGACCAUCUCGUCCAACACGAGCGCCAUCAGCUGCCUGCAGCAGCACGACCAGAGCAAGGCGGCUGCGGCGAGGCCGAUGACACUCACGCUCGGAGAGCCGCGGGAGAAGGACGGCCACCACCAGCAGCUCAACAGCGCCAUGCAGCUCCACCACCACCAUCAGGAGCAGCAGCACUUCAUCACCUCGCUGCUGCACCAGAACAACAACGGCAACGGCAACAACAACAUCCUGUCGUGCUCGUCGGCGUGCUCCAGCGGGUUGCCGUCUGCCGGGGCGGCCAACGGCGAGGUCUCCGACCAGAACAACAACAGCAACCACGGCGGCGGCAACAACAACAAUAACAUGCAUCUCUUUGAGGUGGACUUCAUGUAGACGACCGAUCGACGCAGGUGAGCUUGGAGAUCCCUACAUGGAGUCAU